AUGUGGCAGCCGUUACGAUCACUACUCGGCGAUAUGUCGCGAAGUUAUGGGUUAAGGCUUUCAUUGGUUACGCUUUCUUGGGUUCCCGUGGUGAUGACAUUCAAUGACGACAUCUGCUAUAUCGCUAGGGUCGAUGGGUCAUCGAUGAGGCCAACUUUAAAUCCCGAUGAGAGUGCUUCUUCGACGGAUUGGGUGCUGCUGUGGAAAUUUCACUCGUCGAAGGCGCAAUGCUUGAACCGGGACGACGUGGUGUUGUUUAAGUCGCCGCUGGAUCCCUCCAAGACGUAUUGCAAGAGGAUCAAGGCAGUACAGUACGACUCUGUGCUUACCAGACACCCGUAUCCGAAGGAAGUGGUGCAAGUUCCAAGAAAUCAUAUCUGGGUCGAGGGCGACAACGUAUUCCAUUCUGUGGACAGUAAUAACUUCGGACCGAUCUCCAACGGCUUGGUGAUAGGUAGAGUGGUGAAGGUGAUAUGGCCGCCUUCGCGAUGGGGAGCCGACUUGAAAUUAGCCACCGGACGGCAUGACAUUCUGACAGCCAAGUCCGACUAG